GACUAGCCAUUUUGGGUCACGUGGUACCUCAUUUUUCCUCUUCCAUUCUUCGACUUUUCCAUUCUUUAGCUCUCUCACGUUCUCUGUCUAUCUAUCUCGUGUCGCGAUUUUUUCCUCUUUCCAUUUCUAUCUAUUCUAUUUGUUAUUUUUUUUUUAAUUUUUGAAUAUUUCAGUCACUUUGCCUGUAUUUUCCAUGUUUUAUUGCCUCCUCCUUCACCCUUUUCUCUUUUUUUAUUAUCUUUUUUUCUAUUCGCGAACCGGAUCAAGGAUAUCGCUGACAGCUGAAGUACAUGGAUUUAUUGACGGAUAUUUUGAAUUGAAACAUCUAAAGCGUGGUCUACAAUACAUGGAGUAAGCGUAGAGUAAGGAGUAAGAGUAGGAGUAACAAUUUGUCAUAUAAUUUUCUGCAAGGUCUACAAUGUCAGCAGGAGUAAUGGAGUAGGAGUAAGAAGAAAUAUGAAAUGAGAUUGCUCAUUUCAUUUACUCCCGGUUUUUAAUUGGUCAAUUGUCACUUUUCUUACUUUAUUACUUCUGCUGACAUUGCAGACCUUGCAUUCUACAAUUUUAUGAAACUAACGGCAUCGUUUGCAUCGUUCGCAGUUAUUUCUGCACUCUAUUUGGUCGAGCAUAAGUAUAAAAGAUGGAAUAGGAAAUAAAAUUAAUUUAUUUUGCUUAUGCCCUUGUGCCUACUGUUAUUUCUUACUUCACACUUUGUGUAUUGUAGACUACACUUAAGUUUUUAUAUUGUAAUUAUAACAGAUGACAUAAUGAGUUGAAAUGUGAUCAAAUAUUUUUUUCAUAAUAACCAGAUAUGCAAUAUUUUAAUUCUGAAUUUAAGAUUCUAAAAUUUAGAAGAUUGAAUCUUAAUUAUGGAUUAUUCUUUAAAUUAUACUGUUUCCUAUUUUAUUUGUGUUUGAUAAGAAGUGGCACUUUAAAGAUUUGAAAAUCUAUUUUUAUAUAAAAUGUAUGUGUGCGUGAGAUAUGUAUUUGCAUGUUUAAAUUUAACCUCGGAAGACAAAACUGAAUUUGAUGAGCUUCAAAGACAAAAGUGGAAUGUUAUUACACUUCACAUUUCUCAGUGUUUUUCUGCUGGUGCUGAAAUUGGCCAACAUAAAAAUAAUCAUGCCUAUCAAUUUAUGGAUUCUGGUACAAUCAGCAUAUUCAAUGGCCGUGGCAAUUGGACAGCUAGAGAACAGUUGAGACUUCUGGAUGCAAUUGAGCAAUUUGGAUUUGGAAACUGGGAGGACAUCAGCAAACAUAUUGAAACACGUACACCAGAAGAAGCAAAAGAAGAAUACAUAGCUAGGUAUCUCAAUGGCAAUAUUGGAAAGCAUACAUGGCCACCCACGGAUAGUUAUGUACCAAAUCUUACGGAUCAGACCAAAUCUGAUCAUGGACCCCUAUCACCUGACCUCACAUCUAAAUUGCCGCCAUUGGACAUCACCCCAGAAGAAGCCGCGCAACUGGGUUAUAUGCCGCAACGAGAUGAUUUUGAAAGAGAUUACAAUCAUGAAGCCGAAUCUCUCGUUUCUUCAUUGUUCCUGAACCCUGCCGAAGAUGACGAUCUUGAUAUCGCACUUAAACUAGCCCAAGUUGAUAUGUACACUAGUAAUCUCAGAGAACGAGCCAGACGAAAACGCGUCGUAAGAGAUUACCAGCUUGUAUCAGCUUUCUUCGCUUCAACCAGGAAAGAUAAAGGAAUAAAGAAAAAAUGGACGAAAGAAGAAAAAGACUUUAGGGACAGAAUGCGUGUAUUUGCACAGUUUUACACAGCACAAGAGCACGAACAGUUCCUAACAAAUUUGGAGAGGGAAAGAGAAUUGCGUUUGCGGCUCUCAGAGCUUUAUCGAUAUCGCGAGAAUGGUAUUACGAGACAUGAAGAAUGCGCUCAUUUCGAACAAGUCCUCGCGCAAACUCAAAGACAAAACGAUACAGUGGAUCAUUGGACUGAAAAAAAAUCUGGCAGCAGUGGGCCGUCCACACCAAUACACCGCAGCACCUCAAAAAGAAGAGAAGAAGAAAAAAGUUACUCUUCCAUCGACCGAAAAUACACUGCAAAGCAAGACUUAACCAACUCCACAGUCAGUCAAAUCAAUCACAGUCGGACGACGACUCCAGCCAAUCAGUGGGCGGAGUUGGAUAGCAAUCCAAACACUUCCAAUCAAUCAACUUCCAGUCCCAGCUCACAAGAAAAAAAUUACAGCAGUGGUACUAUUUCUGUUCAAGACCGAGAUUUAGAAUUGGAAGCUGCGUCUCAUCUUUUAACGAAACAAGAAAAAUCUUUAUGUAUUCAACUUGAUCUAAAACCGACUCAGUAUUUGACACAAAAGGCAUUGUUAUUACAAGAAUAUUUAAACGGUAAUAGGAGAUCAAGUAUUGUACCUCAAUCAGAACCAGAGAGCAAAAUUCUUCAUUAUCUAGUAACUAAUGGUUGGAUUACAGCCAAUUGAUCAAACAUGUAAAAACUAUUUUGCCACUCUAAGUCAUCUCUAAUUUCAUAAGCUAAGUUUUACGUAUAAUUAAUUUUUAAGUCUGAUUCUGUUAAAUGUAAGAUAGAUUGGAAGAGGAAACGGAAAAAAAUGCAUGUAUAUCGUAGUAGUUACAUUGGUAAUCCUUCUUUUACAUAGGAAUGUUGCUAUGAUAUAACGCGAUCUUUUGUUCGACGUAGGCUCAGAUAGAUUCACAAUUAGGCACAAUUUGUGUUUAGCGUCUGUGAUAUAUCUGACAAUGCAUUCAGGAAUAUAAAGGAUACCUGAUAGUUGUUGACAUGAUUCUCAUGUCCAGGUAGAGUAGACUAAAUUAGAAUGAAAAGUUCUGCAUCAAUUUACGAUUUUUGCAAUUUUACCAUCCCAAGCUUUCUUUUUUCUUAUGUAAAAGAUAAAGACUAGAACUAGGAGAACAAAUCAGGUUUGAUUAAGUCAAAAUUGUGUCGAAAAAGUGACAUAUUAUCAGUUAUAAACUUGCCCACUUGCAGUACUGACUACUUUUACGUAUCGAAAGUUUUUGAAUGCAAAUUUAUAUUGCAAAUUUUUUAAGUUUUGUAUUUUAUAUACUCAUCUCAGCUUUCUCACACUAUACAGUUGCUUAUGUAUGGCCAACUGCAAUUGGACUUGAUUGAGCAGGAUUUUUAAAAAAUAAUACUUCUUAAAACAAUUUUAUGUGUUAAUAAGAAACAUAUAAGAUUGUUUUUAAAUUUAAUUUUCAGAUAUAUUUUAACCUAAAUGUGAUUAUUUGUUUUAUCGUUUAUUCUUGUGUGUGUGUGUGUGUGUGUGUGUGUGUGUGUGUGUGUGUGGAUGUGUGUGUGUGUGUGUAUCAUUCUUAUUUGCUGUCUCACGCACACGCAUUCGCACGUACAUAUACGUAAACACAUUUUAAAAUACAUUUUCUUUUUCAAAAAAGUCCACAUAAAAUAUUAUGUUCAUGUACAUGUUGUCAUUUUGGUUUUUAGCAUUUUAAUUCACACGUGGUUGAUUGGUAGAAAUUGUUUGAAUUAUUUACAGAAGAAUCUUAUCUUAUCCUGUAUACUAUUUUUUUUCUAGUAUUGUGUUCUGUUGUUUUUUGUAGGUGUUAUCUUUUUUAAAAAUAGAUAUCUUUCUUUGAAUAGUAAAAAAUCUAUGUUUCGAAUUAAUGUUUCGAAUAAGAAUAUAUUUUGGUUCUUGUAAAUUAUUAUCAGCAUACAGUUUUUGGAAAAAAAACAAAUUUAUAGCGAUACAUAGCCUACUUAAACAAAAA